AUGCCGUUGCAUCGACAGCAGAAAAAUGGCGACAAACAGUACGCCUGCGACGUGUGCGGCAGAAAAUACACGGCAAAGGCGAGUCUCGUGGUCCACACUCGCACGCACACGGGCGAGAGGCCCUUCGAGUGUUCGUCGUGCCCGGCCACGUUCACCCGCAGCGAGACUUGGAGGAGGCACAUGUUGACUCACACAGGCGAAAGACCCCACGAGUGCAACGUCUGUGGAAAGACAUUUGCCAUGAAAGCAGGGCUCGCGUCCCACGCACUCACUCAUUCGGGGAAGAAGGCGUUCGCCUGCCACGUGUGCGCCCGAAAGUUUUCUCGGAGAGACACACUCCGGAGCCACAGCCGUACACACACUGGCGAGAAGCCGUACAGCUGCCAUCUGUGUCCCGCUGCGUUCGCGGUAUUGAGUACGCUGAAAGCGCACGUCGCAAGCCACACCGGCGAGCGACCUUACAGGUGCGACGUAUGCGGAAAGACCUUUACUGCAAAAUGUAGCCUUGAGCGGCACAAGAUUGUCCAUUCAGGUGUAAAGAAGUUCACCUGCGAAAAACAGUACGCCUGCGACGUGUGCGGCCGGAAAUACGCGGAAAAGAAAAGCCUUGUGAUCCACAUUCGCACGCAUACGGGCGAGAGGCCCUUCGAGUGUACGUCGUGCCCGGCGAUGUUCACCAGCAGCCGUAUUCUGAAAAUGCACAUGUUGACCCACACUGGGGAACGACCGCACGAGUGCAACGAGUGCGGACGGAGAUUCGCCACGACGUCAAGCCUCGCGCGCCACGUACCGACUCAUUCGGGGAAGAAGGCGUUCGCCUGCCACUGGAGUACGCUGAAGAGGCAUGUUCUGACCCACACCGGCGAGCGGCGGGUGCGAGAGGUGUUCCUAGAGACUAUCGGAUACCAUCGCAAGAUUCACUAUGAAAGCAUCUGA